CUCGCGAUGACGCCGGUCGCGCCGCUCACGCUCGUCGUCGGCGGCACCGGUCGAGUCGGCGCGCGCGUGGUGGAGCGCUUGAUCGAGCGCGGCGGCGGCGGCGUGCGCGUGAUGGCGCGCGACGCGUCGUCUGAGGGCGCGAAGAAGUUGGCUUCCAUGGCGGGCGUUCAAGUCAUCCAGGGCGACGCGACGCGCGCGGAGGAUUGCGCGCGCGCGUGCGAGGGCACCUCCGCCGUGAUCGCGUGCUUCGGCGCGCAGCGCAUAGCGAGGUUGAGCGACGUUCUCGCGGUCGAUGGGUCGCCGGAGCGAGAGGCGGCGCACCCGCGCAACGUCAACUACGGCGCGGUGGAGACGCUGGCGCGAUGCGCGGCGGAUGCGGGGUGCGCGCGGUUCGUCAGGGUGACUGGGAUGUCGGUGGGAUAUCCCGCGUUCGAUUGGAUCGCUGUUUUGUUGAAUGUCGUGCUGAGCAUGACGAUUCAGUGGCAGCUCGCGGGGGAGAUUGCGAUUCGUAAGAUUUGCAGAGAGGCGAAGAACGGGAUGAAGUACGUCAUCGUGAGGCCGGGGAAUCUGAGCGACGACGAGGAGUGCGCGAAAGAUGAGACUGGAAACCGACGUGUGCUGCUCGGGAGCGGUGACGCUCACGUACACGCGGGGAAGGUUUCAAGAAAUGACGUCGCCGACGUCAUCGUGGAGGCGCUCGGACGAUCGCAGUGCGAAAACGUGACGCUCAGCGUCGCGGGAUCGGUGACACCGUCGGGCGGCAUGCGAACUGAACUCGUGUGGGAUCCCGCGCGUGGGAUGCAUUGGCAAACGGUGGAGUUGGAGAAAACUGUGAGCGAAGGCACGAGCUAUCUGGAUGAUCGAAUGUGGCGCGCCGUUGUGCCCGAUUCCGACGAGCUGAAGCCGAAGCCGCAUCGCAGAUACGUCGCGAUGUUUCUCGCGCUCGUCGCGGGAAUAUCAGUUCUCUUAGCCAACGCCGCGGUGUCGCUCGCGCGCGCGCUGUUCUUUUGACAUCUAUCGGGGCGCGUCGUCAAAAUCGGUUGUAAUAGUAUCACAAAAAAUUCAAGAAA